UACGCACUCACGUUUAGUAUAUAAAAGAAGAAAUUCUAAGGUUGUCAGUUCCAGAAAAAGAAAGAUGGCGAGCAGAAAAGCGCUAUUUGGAUUGUUGGUCGUCUUCGUGUCGGCUUUCCAAGUCGAUGCACAUCAUGCACAUCAUCAUGGUAUGACGGACGAACCUCCCUUAUUACUGCUACGUGAAGGUCCUGUAAUGCCAAAAGAUCAACUAAUUAUGGAAAGUAUAGAUCCUAUGACGCCAUCACAUCUACCCAUUAUGGAAAGUAUAGAUUUUAUGACGCCACCACAUCCACCAAUUAUGGAAAGUAUAGACCCCAUGACGCCACCAGAUCUACCAAUUAUAGAGAAGGAUGAUCCUAUGACGCCAUCAGAUCCAUCAAGUAUGGAAAGUAUAGAACCUAUGACGUCACCAGAGACACCAAGUAUGGAAAGUAUAGAACUUAUUGCGUUACCAGAUACACCAAUUAUGGAGAGGGAAGGUCUUCUGAUGCCACCAGAACCACCAGUGUUGGCAAACGGAGGUCUGAUGAUGCCGCGAUUUCCACCAGUAAAAGAAAGGGUAGAUCCUAUGAUGCAAAAAAUGCCACCAAUGAUAGCAAAUGGAGCUCUGAUGACGCAGCACAAGCCACCUAUGAUGUCAAGGGGAGCUCAUAUGAUGCAAAACAAGCCACAUAUGAUAUCAAGGGGAGGUCCUAUGAUGCAACCAGUGCCGCCAAUUAUGAGAGGUGGAGUUUCUGACAUGGUGCAAACACAUCCACCAAUGUAGACAAGAGGAGUCCCUUGUAUAGUGCAAACAUCUCAAACGAUGAUGACAAAAGGC